AUGAAUGAUCAUCAAAAUAAACCGAAUCUAUAUGAACGUGAAAAGGAACCAAGUGACGAUAAUUUGCAAAAACCUGAUAUUUAUAUUAAAUAUUUACCAUUCUAUGAAUCUAUCAAACGACAUGGUUUUGAAUCAUUUGAUGAAAUUCGAGAAAAUCUAUCUCGUACUAUUCAAUUAGGUGAAUUGCAUCCGAAUUUCUCGGUUUGGUCAAAUGCACUGAAACGAUUCAUUGACAUUUACGGUUUCUAUUUUACCAAAGUUCAUCAUCUCAAACUUAUUAAUUUUUAUAUAUCUAUUCUUUCCAUUUCGGAUCUUAAUUAUUCUCAUGCAAAAAUAUGUUUUGAUAUGCUCUUUCAACUUCUACAAAAAACUUGUUUAAUUACACGUAAUGAAUUAACAAUCGAUUGGCGUAUAUUAUAUCGAUGGGCUAAACUCAUUUUAUAUAAUCAUGAUGAACAAUAUUCAUUAGUUAAAUUACCAAAAUUUAUUGAUAUUUCGUUCAAUUGUUGUAUUGAAUGCUGUUCUUCAUACUUUUCGGUAACUGCUACUCAAGAAAUUCUUGAUCAAUUUCGUCCAUAUUUAUGUCCAUAUGAUUCAGCCUUUUCCGAUGCUAUGAAAAUGUUUGAUUCAUUUCUACCAAUCGAUCUACCUCCAGGUUUACAUAAUCAAGGAUUUAAAUUAUGGUUAACAGAAUUGUUUAAUAUUUGGGAUUGUAUUUAUAAUAAUACUGAUAGUGAUUUAUGGGAAAUGUAUCUAGUUCAUCUCUUUUCAAAUCUUGCUUGGUAUAAUAUUGGUUAUAUAGAUUGGGAACCUUGGUUAGCACAGAUUUUUACACGUAUACUCAAUCGUUUUUCACUUCCAAUAGGAAAAAAUAAUGAAUCACAAAAUAGUUCUCCAUAUAUGAUGACAGAUGUAGCACGAUGGUUUGUUGCUAUGAUAGGAAAUAGAAGUUCAUGUCUUCAAUAUAUGCAUGAACUAUUUAUUGCUAUUAAAACUUUUUAUUAUCCAUCAAAUACUGGAGAAUUUCAAAAAUAUUUAAUUGAAUUGAUUUUACAAUUGACUGAACAAUUUGUUGAACGAGUACGAUUAGAACGAAAAAUUCGUCCUCAUUGGAAUUUUAAACCACAUGAAUCGUAUCGAUUAACUGAACAAAAUAUUACGAAUUUUGUCAAUUGUAUUAAAGAUUAUGUAUUUAUGUCUAUUUGUAAUCAAGAUUAUAUUGAAGAUGCAGCUAAAGCUUGUCAAUAUCUUUCCAUACUACGACCAGAAUUAAUUAUACCACCGAUUAUGGACAGACUAUUCUUAUCAAUUGAUAAUAUGAUUGAACCCGAUCGUUUCACAUUAAUUAUGAAAUGUUUACCUGGUAUUGUUCGUCAGAUAGUACGACAAACAACAACUUAUUCAGAAGGUCAAAUUUAUGUUUUACCUUUAUUAAUGUCUAUAUUACCUGGAAUUGAUUCAAAUGAUUCAGAAAAAGUAGAAGUUACUUUUGAAGUUCUUGACGCUAUUCUCAAGCUAGUUCAAUGUAUUGAUUGUUCAUCGGCAGUAUCCAUACGUACCGAUCUAACAGAAAUUGAAAAACAAGUAUGUUUAUCAACAACACAAUUUGAAGAUUUUGUUACUGAUUUUCUCAAUCGAAUAUUUCAAAUGAUUUCUCGACGAUCAACUGAAACAUAUGAUGCUGCAGUAUCUAACAAUGAGAUCAGUCAAAACAAUAGAAUUAUUGAAAUUAAAUUAAUAUCAAUAAUGUCUAACAUAGUUCAGCAAUGUAGUAGUAAAAUCUUUCAAAUAAUACGUGAUAAAAUAACCGAGUUUAUAUCUGGUUCUAUAUUUUCGUAUAAAGUACAAAAACUUAUUGCUAGUUUUGUUCGAGUUAUGGUCAAAGCAAAACCUAUCGAAAUACUUGAAUCAUUCUUACCACAAACAUGUGAACAUAUUGAAAAUAUAAUAAAUCAUUCACAAAUAGAUCAUAGAGGUGAUAUUGAAUUAAUUUGGUAUUUAACUCUAUUUUCGGAGCUUGUUCAUGCUCGUAGUGGUACUUUACUUAUCUAUAAACAAAUGAUUAUGUCUAUAUUUCAUAAAUGUAUUCGUAUUAUUCAUAAAGAUUCAUAUGAAAUUAUUGCUAAAGCAGCUAAAAAUUUAUUACAAUCACUUACUCAAUUAUAUCCAAUUCGUCAUGGAUUAUCAAAUAAAAAUUCUAAUGAAUUAUUUACUGAAUUUUUACCUAUUCGAGCUUGGGGUCAACAUAUUGAUUUUGAUCAAUUUCAAAUACAUUUUCAUUUUCCUAAUAUAAAUGAAAUUAAUUUUGCUUGUGAAUUUGUUAAUACAUUUAUUUAUGAUGAAUUUCAAUUAUUAAAUGAAAAAUAUUUACAACUAUCGAAUGAUGAACGAUUGAGAUCGCUUAGAAUAAUUCAAUACAUAGCUAUGGGAUGUUUACAUAUGGUACCUAGCAUUGAAAGUAAUCUAAUAACAGAUCUUGUACCAUCAGUUGUUCCUUAUGGUUCAAAAUAUCAAUUUCGAUAUCCAAUCUAUUCUAAAGAACCGAGUAAGAUUCGAAGUAGUAUUUGUAAGAAGAUAAAUUUUUCUUUAGAAUUUAGAGAUAAUUUACGUAUGCGUAUUUUGAUUGAUAUUGGAAAUUUACUCGAUAUUCUUAUAAAAAAUCAUUCGGAUGAUGUUGCAUCAAUAAAAACAGCAAUUAAUAUCUAUACACUGUCAUCUACUUAUUAUGGUUCAACUCCAAAUGAUAUACAAGCAUUAUGUAUUAUUAUUAAUUCAGAUGAAAAUUUAUUCAAAUCUAGACUUGGUGGUAAACGAGAAAAUCCUCGAUUUUUAAUAGUCAAACAAAUUAUAUUACAUAUCAAAAUAUUUGAGUUAUAUUGCUUAGAAACUUUUACCGAAAUCGAUAAACAAAUCGUAUUAAAAUUAUUUGAAUUAUCAAUUAAUCGUUAUAGUGAAAUUCGUUGUAAUGCACAAAUGAAAUUGUUAUCUAUUUUUAAUCAAUUUAGUUUUUCAUAUCAAAUUAUUGUUGAUUGUAUCUAUGAAUUAUUGAAUAAACAAGAUGAAGUUGAUCAUGAUCAAAUUAAAGGUUGUCUUUAUAUUCUUCUUGGUGAUGAUUCUUUUUUCUUACCUAUUCAACAUUCAUGGACAAUGAUGGAAAAAUUAUGGCCAUCUAUUAUACGUUUAAGUCAUACGAAUAAAUUCAGUAUAACAAAUAUAAUUAAUGAGAUUAGUAGUCAAAUACUCGAAGAAUUUCAUACACUACCACUCAUCGAAAAUAUUAACAAAAUAUCUAUAGAUUCAGCAGUAAGUUUAUGGCAUCAAUUAAAUCCAAAUGAAAUGAAAAUAGAUGAAGAAUAUCAAAGAAAUAAUAUUCAAUCUUAUAAUAAUCUUAUGGAAAUAUUAAAUGCAUUGAUAAAUGAUGAUAAAUCGACAUGGAAACAACAAAAAAUAUCAAUGUCAUUCAUGUGUCUUCUUCUUCAAAAACAAAUAUCAAUUCCAUUAUCAUGUAUUCGAACAUUUGUCAAUUAUCUUAUUCAUGAUAAUAUGAAAUUACGAAAGUAUGCUAUAAUGGGCAUGAUAGCAUUAUGUCGUUUGCAAAAACCACCUCGAUUUUAUAUACAAAAAACACUUGAUGAAAUUCUUGGUUAUGAAAAUUCAAAUAUCAUUGAUGAAAAAUGUUAUCCUGGUGAUCGUGAUGAUAAUUUAUGGGUGACAAUCAGCAAUUAUAAAAUACCAGAUACACAAAUUGAAUGGGAAAAAAUAUGUUUUUUGGAUAAAUCUUUUCAUGGUUAUUAUAAAUGGCCAAAAAUUAUUGAAUAUUGUUUGAAUAAACGUAUACGUUACAUUCAAGAUACAAUGCCAGAACAAGUAGCUAUUUUAUAUGAUCGUUUUAUUGAUAAGAAAUUUAUUGUACAAUUGAUACAAUCCGUAAUCUUAGAGGAAGACGAUGGUGAUAUAAACUUUAGUAAAAAUCGAUUCUUAAUGUAUAAGGGCCUCUUUCGUAAUUUUGGUAAUAUAUUUAUGAAAAAUUUUAUGGAACAACUCUAUGUACUUAUUCAUGAGACGAUAAGUGAAAAACAAGAAGGUUGUCAUCGUACUGCAGCUGAAAUUGUAGCUGGCGUAAUUCGUGGUUCAAAACAUUGGACAUUAGAAAUGCUUGAUGAACUUUGGAUGAAACUCAUACCAUUUCUUAAUGAAGUAUGGAAAAAUUUUACUCAUGAAAAUCGUUAUUAUUGGGGUUUGUGCUUCAAAUAUGGUAUGGAAAAUCAAGAUCCUCGUCGAAUGUAUCGAUUAAUUGAUUAUAUUUGUUCAUUGAUUACGAAUAAUCAUGUCAUGGAAACUGCAUUUGAUGAAACAUCUCGAUGGUUUCUUGUUGAAGAAUUAAAAACUUUUCAAUGGCGUAUUCCAUCUAUUUGGUGUAUUAUUAAUAAUUAUGCUAAAGAAUUACUUGAUCAUCCAUUUAAAACAGUUCGAACGUAUAUUGCUGAUAUAUUAUCAAUAUCAAUUAGUUUUGAUAUUAUAUUACCAAAUGGAAAAUCAACACGACAUCCUAAAAUCAAUCAAUUUAUUGAUACUAUAUGUGAACAAUUACAUCAAGCCAUUGAAGUUUAUGAAAAAAAACCAAUAGUUAAUAAUUCUGAUCAAAUUACUGGAAUCGAUCUUGAAACUCGUAAAGCAUUAAAUUUAAUCGAAACAGUAAUUCAAAUACAAACAUACUUAUUUGAUUGGUGUCAACAACCAGUUAAAAGUGCAACAAUUCGUCUGUUUCCUCAUCUUUGUGCAAUUGAAAGAUUUGUAGCAAAUAAUGAUUUCUUCGAAGAUACAUUGACAACGAGUCUAACACAUAUUGCUAUGAGCUAUUUAGAUACAAACUUGUUAAAAGCGUUUAUUGAGCAAUUAGAACUAAUUUGUACGAGUUCUAAAUGGCAUGUGCGUCUAGCAGCCAUUGAAUUCGUUCAAAAUUUAAUAUUUUGCAAUCUAUUCAAUUCUCGUCCAUAUGCCAAACGAUUAAAUAAACUUUUGCUCAAAUGUCUAUUCGAUGAACAAUUGGAAGUACGAACAAUUGCAUCAAUGACUUUAUCAGGUUUCUAUCAGUGUGGUUAUAUUGAAUUAACUGUUAAAGAUCUCAACUAUUUUGAUGUUAUGAGCAAGACCAAUUAUUUUACAAAAACUAAUGACAAGAAAGUAAUAUCAGGAGAAAAUAUUAUUAAACGCCAUGGUGGUUAG